AUGCUUUUCGAAUCCGGGAAACCCCCGAUCGAUUACCCCACCAGCAUGCCCAUAUGGACAUGGCUAUUCGACUCUCCCGCUUCCACACUCACCACAUUCCCGCGCUCCAAGGUAUGCAGCUUCGUCGACUCAACGACACGUAAAUCACUCAACUACAACACCGUCGCCGAGUUCUCCACAUAUGCCUCCACAGUACUCUCCCGUCACCACGGCUUGCAGCCCGGAGAAACCGUCUGCUUCUUCUCUCAUAAUACAAUUUGGUAUCCCGUUGCCAUGUUUGCAGCAUUGCGCAGUGGUGGCGUGAUCUCGGGAGCAUCACCGUCAUACACAGAGGAUGAGAUGACGUUCGCGCUGAAAACCGUUAACGCAAAGUAUAUAUUCACCGUCCCCGGCUCGGUCGAGAUUGCGGUGGCAGCGGCGGCCCGUGCAGGAAUUCCGAAAGAUAAAAUAUUUCUGUUGGAGGGAAUGAGGGCCGGAUAUAAGACUUUGAAAGAGUUGGUAGAAGUAGGACGUAGAGAGCAGACACAGAUGCCGGCAUUUGACCUGGGAGGGAGGGAUAGUGGGGAAGUCUGUGCAUAUUUGAGCUUUAGCAGUGGGACCACGGGGUUGCCAAAAGCUGUUAUGAUUUCUCACAGAAAUAUGAUUGCCCAGCUAAUCCAAGUAGCCUCUGAGAAGGCAUCAGACGUUGACAAAUUGAUUGCGGCACUGCCUUUUUUCCACAUUGUCGGCCUUGCUUUCUCCCUUCACCUCCCCAUUGUCCAAAACUGCGAUCUGGUACUCAUGCGUGCCUUCACUUUCCCCAGCUUUCUGGCGACUAUCGAAACCUUCCGCAUCCCCGAAGUGACUCUCGCGCCUCCUAUCCUCCUCCGCCUUACUCGUGAUCCUAGUGUGCGCUCCUACGACCUAUCCUGCGUCCGCCGGUGGCACACCGGUGCGGCCCCGCUCUCCCGCGACCUCAUCCGCGAGCUCGCACGUCGCUUCCCCGAGGCUGGUAUCAAACAUGGUUAUGGCCUCACUGAAAACUGUGGUGGUGUCACCGUCACCCCAGUAACCGGCUAUGGCUACGAGAAUGCACACACGGUCGGGAAGCUGCUGCGCAGCACGUCCGUGAGAAUUGUAGGAGAGCGUGGGCAGGAUCUAGGGCCAUACCGGCAGGGCGAGAUAUGGUGUAAGGGGCCCCAGGUUACAAUGGGUUAUUUGAACGCUUCAGAUGCUACCAAGAACACGUUUAUGGAGGAUGGCUGGUUGCGGACGGGCGACCUAGGGUGCAUGGACGAGGAGGGUACUCUGACCAUCACGGGCAGGAUCAAGGACCUGGUGAAGGUGAAAGGCAUAUCGGUAUCCCCAGCAGAGAUUGAAGAACUCUUGAUGGAUCAUUCGGCAGUCGAAGAGUGCGCGGUUGUGGGAGUGCCUGAUGCCGUAUCAGGAGAGGCGCCGCGCGCUUUUGUGGUGCUUAAGGAGGAAGCUAGAGCGAGGGGUGAGACGAGUGUUGAUGAGGUUGGGAGACAGCUUGUUAGGAUGGUGAGAGAGAAGAAGUAUAGACCAAAGUGGCUUCGUGGUGGAGUGGUUUUCCUGGAGGAAUUGCCUAGAAACCCGAGCGGAAAGAUCCUCAGGAGGGUUCUAGUGGCGAUGGGGGACCUGGCGGUAGUCGUGGAACCGGAAGCCCAGUUCGAGGAAGAAAGAAAAGGGAGCGGGAACGAGCUCGACCGCAAAAAUUCCAUGAGAGCUGGGUGGUUUGGUCAGGAAAAGGCGAAGUUGUAG